CCGCCCAGCGGAAGUUUUCGCGGGGCAACCGAGAAGGUGAGUCCCGGUAACUGCGGAGGAUCCGAAGGGUCAGGCUGCAGAAGCCUAGAAUCCCAACCCCGUCGCUAAGUAAAGAGGUCGCUGUCAAAAUGGAGUUUCCAGCCCAAUAAAUCCAAAGGCCAGACCGUGACCUCGUAAAGCAUGAUCUCCUUCUGUCCAGACUGUGGCAAAAGUAUCCAAGCGGCAUUCAAGUUCUGCCCCUACUGUGGAAAUUCUCUGCCCACAGAGGAGGAGCAUGUGGCAUCCGAAACCUCUGUCAGUUCGCUUGUGUCAUCCUUCCGAGGCUCAAAGAGAGGGCUGAACUCCAGUUUUGAAACCUCUCCUAAGAAAGUGAAAUGGUCCAGCACCGUCACCUCUCCCCGAUUGUCCCUCUUCUCAGAUGGUGACAGUUCUGAGUCUGAAGAUACUCUGAGUUCCUCUGAGAGAUCCAAAGGCUCCGGGAGCAGACCCUCAACCCCCAAAAGCAGCCCUCAGAAGACCAGGAAGAGCCCUCAGAAGACCAGCUGCAGCCCUCAGAAGACCAAGCAGAGCCCUCAGAAGACCAGCUGCAGCCCUCAGACGCUGAAGCAGAGCCCUCAGAUGCUGAAGCGGAGCCCUCAGACGCUGAAGCGGAGCCCUCAGACACUGAAGCGGAGCCGGGUGACCACCUCACUUGAAGCUUUGCCCACAGGGACAGUGCUGACAGACAAGAGUGGGCGACAGUGGAAGCUGAAGUUCCUCCAGACCAGGGACGACCAGGGCAUUCUCUAUGAAGCUGCACCCACCUCCGCCCUCGCCUGUGACUCAGAACUCCAGAAGCAAAAGUUCUCGCUCAAACUGGAUGCCAAGGAUGGGCGCUUGUUCAAUGAGCAGAACUUCUUCCAGCGGGCCGCUAAGCCUCUGCAAGUCAACAAGUGGAAGAAGCUGUACUCGACCCCACAACUGGCCAUCCCUACCUGCAUGGGUUUCGGUGUUCACCAGGACAAAUACAGGUUCUUGGUGUUACCCAGCCUGGGGAGGAGCCUUCAGUCGGCCCUGGAUGUCAGCCCAGAGCAUGUGCUGUCAGAGAGGUCUGUGCUGCAGGUGGCCUGCCGGCUGCUGGAUGCCCUGGAGUUCCUCCAUGAGAAUGAGUAUGUUCAUGGAAAUGUGACAGCUGAAAAUAUCUUUGUGGAUCCAGAGGACCGGAGUCAGGUAAGAGCCAGCUCCUGCCUACUCCGGAAGAUCUCUGGGCUCAGGUUCCCAUCUGUCUCCAAACCUCUAUUUAUUUCACAGUGCUUUAUUACAGACAAAGGAUACCAUGGACCUGCCAACAAGGAUGGCGGUGCCACCUCUACCCUUCCCUUCCCAGGGCCCUCCCGCCGCAGCGACCUCCAGAGCCUGGGCUACUGCAUGCUGAAGUGGCUCUACGGGUUUCUGCCAUGGACAAACUGCCUUCCUAACACUGAGGACAUCAUGAAGCAAAAACAGAAGUUUACUGAUAAGCCGGGGCCCUUUGUGGGACCCUGCGGUCAUUGGAUCAGACCCUCAGAGACCCUGCAGAAUUACCUGAAGGUGGUGAUGGCCCUCAAGUACGAGGAGAAGCCGCCCUACGCCGUGCUGAGGAACAACCUAGAAGCUCUGCUGCAGGGUCUGCGUGUGUCCCCAUAUGACCCCAUUGGCCUCCCGAUGGUGCCCUAGGUGGAAUCCAGAAUUUUCCAUUUGCAGUGUGCAACAGAAAGAAAAAAAAAUGAAGCAAUGUGACUCAAGGCCUGCUGUUUAAUCACAGAUAAGCUUCUAGAACAAGCCCUGGAAUGUGCAUUCCUGCCACUGGUUUCGGGAUACUCAUCAGUCCUGAUUAGCCUCAGGGAGACCCCCCGUUUCCCUCCAGUGAAUGUGAAGUUCCCCGUCUGGGUGGCCUGCCCUUCAGCCAGUGUCCUAGCAAAGCUGGAUGGGGUUGGGCCAGCCCCCAGGGGGGACCCCUGCUACCCUUGACACCUCUGUGCUUUGGUAAUAAAUUUUUUACCAGAGCUUAA